AUGGCGGAACAACUACCAAGUGUUAUUGCGAGCGGCGCUUAUUUCUCUCUCUCUCUCUCUCUCUCUCUCUCUCUCUCUCUCUCUCUCUGCGCGCUCCCGAACCACCACCGCCCCACCGGCAGCGCCAUCGCCAUCGCCGUCACUGUCAUCGCAGGGCAACUUCGACAGGGUGAGGCAGGGACUUCGGAAAUCUUUUUUCGUAAACUCAAAACAAUGUCCGAGGAGCCCCCGCCAAUCUUUCAUGUGGAAGGCAUCCACUUCAUCUACGUCAAGCGCAAUUCGCUGUAUUUUGUGGCGACCACCAAGUUUAACGUGGCGCCCGCCAUGAUGCUGGAGCUGCUGCAUCGCAUCGCCAACCUCAUCAAGGAUUAUACCGGCGUUCUAUCUGAGGAGAGCAUUCGUGUCAACUUUGUGCUCGUAUAUGAGCUGCUGGACGAAGUCAUUGACUUUGGUUACGGACAAAUCACGGCAACAGAGGCCCUUAAGGCGCAUGUGCACAAGGAACCCGUUCCUGUGGCAACCGAGGCCGUGGCAUUGGGUUCCCGGCGGUUGGACAAGAAGAAAUCCGUCCCCAGCAAUGCACCCAACAAACCCAUCUCGCUGCGGCAGCACGGCAGCACCGGCAAGAAUGAGAUUUUUCUGGACCUCCUCGAACGCCUUACUGUGCUCUUUGGUCCCCAGGGCAGUAUCGUUCGCUGCGAGAUCGACGGCGCCAUCCACAUGAAAUCCUUCCUGCACGGCACUCCAGAAAUCAUGCUGGGCUUGAAUCAAGAUCUGCAAGUUGGUCAAGAUAAUCGUAGCUUCACGGGGCUGGUGCUGGAUGACUGCAACUUUCACGAGUGUGUCAACUUGGAAGCGUUUGAGGGCAGUCGUUCCCUCUCUCUUCGACCACCAGACGGCGAAUUCACCGUGAUGAACUACCGCAUCUCCGGCGAAGCCUCUGGUUUUGCCAAUCCCUUGCCUUUUAAGGUUUCGAUAGCCUUUGAGGAAACCGGUACACCUGGCCGCACGGACGUCCUGCUCAAGCUCGACGCCGAAUUCCCCAUGAAGUUGCAUGGUGCCAACAUCGUGGUGCGCACACCCCUGCCAAAGGGCACUUCUAGCUGCGGGCAUGAGUUGGGCACACCGGGCCACUCUUUCGAGUACAAAAAAGAGGAGAAGAUGGCCCUGUGGAAGAUUCCCAAAAUGAUGGGUUCCACUUCGGCUUAUCUGCGCUUGCGCGUGUCAACUGCGGUCGAGGAUCAAGCUUCCGUGAAAAAGGAGGUCGGCCCGAUCAGCAUGGAAUUUGAAGUGCCCAUGUUCGUGUGCUCCGGCGUCAACAUUCGGUUCCUGACGGUGACGGAGCGUGGACGCAAGUACACGCCUUUUCGUUGGGUUCGCUACAUCACGCACAGUGAUUCAUAUGUCUUUCGCAUCUGA